GGAGAGUGCAGAACUGCAGACGAUGCCAACCUUUUGCAACUAACUGAGUCAAAGUGAUUCAUUCAUUAUUCAUCUGUGUCAGUGAAAUAUACUCCUUUGGAAACGUUGGAACCAAUUCGUACCUCAUCACAUAACAGGUUGAAUAAAAAUGAACAAAGAUAAGAAGAAGAAAAAAAACACAAAUUGUAAGAAAUUGGAGGCUAAAUCACUUUCAAUUUCUAAAGCCGUGGAAUCAUCUCCGUUGAAUAUAUUGCGAAUAAAAGAAGAAAAGGAACGAAAAGAUGAGAGAGAAGAGUCGUUCAUCAAUAGUGAUACAGAAACGAUCUAUUCUCAAUAUGAUCAAGAGGAGCCGGUUGCAGUGGAGGAGCAGAUUGCCGAAGAAGAUGAACAAACUGCUUGGACCUGCGAUGCGGAAGAAGAGCCCAUUGUCACAAAACGCUCACACUUCACAGUGGAACGUAUAAAUUUACCUCCGGUUUGGCCGACGAAAAGAAGAAAGACGAUGGAUGAUAGUCUACCAAGUUGCUCCACAUCACCGAAACAGAUUCACUCUUCAGCCAAAGAAGGGUCUACUUCUGAAACCGUCGAUCACGAAGUCGAAGCACCACGGUACUUUUCAGGAAAAAAGAUCGGUCUCAGGUAUGCGACUUUGAAAUGUCGUGUACCUCGGGUGCUUACAGCACACCCGUCUAUGUUGGCCAAACGAAUGAAUUCUGAACCUUUGAAACUAAACACGCGGAAUAGGGCUGAUGCCAAAAAGAUCGCUCAUCAGAAAGCCAUUAAUCGUAAUUGGAAGGAAGUCGGACAUUGGAGCGUUUGGAGACAGUCUAGAGUUGAUGAUGAUGUACCGGGGUUGAUGUACCAAGAGAAAGCGAUCAAGUUUGCUCCAGUUGCACCUGAAGGCACAGUGUUAUCUGAAUUCAAUCCAACAUUUGCUCCCAUCAACGUUUUCAUGCAAAUGCUCGGUGGAUGUAGUACUUUGGACUUCUUGCUAGAAGCAACCAAUAGCUAUAUCCGCAGCUCCUGGAGAUACGACUUAAAAGGCAGGCCGCCGUCUCGAAAAAUUGGAGGUAAGCCUGAAGGCAAGAAAAAGCCCGAAAUGCCAAUAGAUGGCUUAGUCACCAGACACGAACUUUGUGCGUUCCUCGGCAUACAGUUCCUGAUCGGUUAUCAUCGUCUACCGGAGCUGUCAAUGUUUUGGGAACGUCAACCUGACUCCGGUUUUGGUCUAGGAAUUGUUCAACAAGCGAUGACGCGUGAGCGGUUUAAAUUCAUUUCCAAACAUAUAGCUUGUGCAAAUACGGGCGAGUUACACGAUGAGGAACAGUUGACGGUACGGCGUGAUUCUAUUCAAAAGAUCCAACCGUUGGUCGACAUACUCAAUGUUCGUUUCAAUGAGUGUCGCAAGCCUCCCAGGUGGCAAAGCAUCGACGAGAGCAUGGUAAAGUACAAAGGCCACUCGAUGCUUAGGCAGACAUUGAAAGGCAAGACGAUUAAGAGAGGAUUCAAAAUUUGGAGUCGUUGCUGCACUCAAGGGUACACUUAUAUGCUCGGGAUCUAUCGCGGGUCUCAGUUGGGUGCAACGCAAACAAAUCGAAACAACGAGGCGGUGGAGAGAGUUGUUCUCGAUCUCUGUCGGACCCUUACAGAGCAGGGACAUGUAGUGACCCUCGAUCAGUUUUUUACAAGCAUAAGCCUUUUGGACAAGCUCAACAGGAAGGGGAUUAAUGCUGUUGGGACUAUUCUUCCAAGUCGUUUGAACCAACCGAUCAUGAAGAAGAAAGAGUCGAACCUCAAGCCGGGCGAAUUUGUAGCCAAGUUCGGUGGUGAGCCGGGAACAUGCCAAAAAGGUCUCUUUAUCUGGAGAGACAUUAAGUCGUUUCGUCUAGUUUCCAACUUUCACGGCUCAGAGAUUGUUGAGGUCAAAACGAAGCAGAGCGACGGUUCAUUCCGAAUGAAAACUUGUCCCAAAGCAAUCGCCGAGUAUGUCGAUAAUAUGGGCGGAGUAGACACGGCGAACCAACUGCGUUCCCUCUACGAGAGAGACCGAAAAUCAAAGAAAUGGUGGCACCGGCUCUUCUACUCUCUCAUGGAAACGUGCCUAGUCAACAGCUGGAUAUGCUUCUGUGACCUGACCAAAGAGGAUGAAGUAACACAGGAAAAAUUUCUGAAAAAUGAGUCGUGUAUGGAUCUUCUCCAGUUCAAGCGCCGCGUUACGCUUGGGCUUUUGACCUACGGCCUUAACUCCGAAAAAUUCCAAGCUGGUCAAAAAGGUCGUUCGAUGCCCAUCCUUCAUCCCAUGCCAACUCCAGGGCCUAAGCGCCGCAAAAGCAGACUGAGUGUUCGAGAUGAACUACGUUUCAGUGCUGUCGGACUUCAUCUACCAAUUUUCGACGAAAAGAGAGGAAGAUGUGAGUGGUGCCAGGCAACAACUGAGUGCAAAAGGGAGUCCCGACCUUUUUCUCGCUGCACUCAAUGCAAAGUGUUUCUCUGCCUAUCAAAGAAAAGGAAUUGUUUCGUCGAGUAUCAUGGUGGAAGUUUAUUACAAGAUGACAAGGAUCCUUUGCAAGCGGAGGAAGCUGUCUAUUCUUCCGGAGAUUUUAAUCACGAAGCGGUUGAAAAAAAUCGUUUGGCAAUUUUUACUUUAUCCGAUGAAUCUGACUUUGAAUUAGAUGAUCGUACGAGAUGAUUGUUAAUUUAAGGACGAUAAGUAACCACAAUAAAUUUUUUCAAUUGUU